AACUCAAUUCAAGGUUUAAACUCUCUCCUAUAUCUCUCAUACCAUUUUUCUAGAGAUCAAAUACACCACUUUUAUAUACUUAGCUUGUUAGCAUGAGGCAGUGUUACCACGAACAAAGGACAGAAACCAUUGGAAUUGAAUCAAGAAAGAAGGGUUUAUGGAUUGAAGAAGAAGAAGAAGAAGAUAGUCUUUCGCUAUCUGAUCUUUCCAUUAAUGAUAUUGAUUCUGAAGAGUGGGAAAAGUAUUAUGACUCGAAGAGCAGUACUUCAUCAAGCUCUACGUCGUCAUCAUCACACUCUCCAGAUGAAGACAUAUUUGAGUUCAAUAGUAACAAGAAUAAUGCAGGUCCUCCUGAAAACAUCCUCUUCUGCGGCAAACUCAUUCGUUACAGCAAUCCCAUGUCGCCAAAUGAUGAUCAAAACAAGGCGAAGAUGCCCGAUAAACGUUCGAGAUCAUUGAUUUCGUUGUCAAGUAGAAAGAGUUGGAGAUGGUACAUAUUCUUGUUUGGAAAAGCGGGAUUUCCAACUGAGUUGGAAUUGAAGGACCUUAAAAACCGACAGAGCCGUAAGGUUGCUUCUUCUUCUACCGGCAAAGGGAAGGGGAUGUGGCCACUGAUCAAGGCAUUAAGUUGCAGUGGUGGUGCCACCUACCAUACACAAUCAGUCGUCAAGGCCUCCGUUAAUGGUUGCAUUUCACUUGUCUAAAAAUAAAAAUAACAAACUUGUCAACCUUUGACGAGGACUCGCUACCUUUUCGAGUACUUCAUUCAUCCUAAUUUAUGUGAUACUUUUCAUUUUUUGAGAGUCAAUUUGACUAAGCAAUAGAAGAUUCACCUGUAUAAUUCAGCUCCAAUCGCCGGUUGGGUACAUUGUACCAUUAUUAGAUGCUAGACUAGACUAGAUGGCUUAUAAUAUGGAGUAAUGAGUAAUCUGAUUAGAAAUUUAGUUGCCAAAAGAUUCAAAUCUUUUUUAGUGCUAUAAUUUUAUUUUUCCACAUGCAUUGUAUAAAUUAAGCGAUUUUCUCCUUCAGUUACCAAGCUGGCAGUACAUGAAUUUUAGCAUUGA